UCAGCAUCUUCAAUGCGUUGACAACGGAGGUUGAAGCCGUGACCACAACCGCGUUUGGACUGUCACAUUUUUUCUUUUAAAACACAAUUUGUCGCAGUUUGGAUUCAUAAGACAGUUCGGACAAAUGAAGUGACAAACAGGAUAUGAUGUCAUCGUUCCAGGUGGUGGGCUCUUCGCCCAGCAGUGUCAUCGGCGUCAUGGAAACAUCAAACUUUGCCCAUGUCAUCUUCCAGAACGUUGGGAAGAGCUUCCUGCCCCAGGAGGCACUGGAGUGUCGCUACACCCUCACCUCCUACAUCACCCCCAACCCCAAAGACUGGGUGGGCAUCUUUAAGGUGGGUUGGAACACAGCGAGGGAUUACUACACGUUCCUGUGGUCUCCCAUGCCGCAAGACUAUCAACCUGGAAGCACCGUACACAGGGCUGUGGUGUUCCAAGGGUACUAUGUUCCCAAGAGUGAUGGGGAGUUCUAUCAGUUCUGUUACGUCACACACACGGGUGACAUCAGAGGCGCCAGCACGCCUUUCCUGUUUCGCCCGGCCACGCCCACCGAGGACUGUCUCACCGUUACCGAGGACGACAGCAACUCAGACAUACUGGUGGUGACCACCAAAAGCAGUGUGCUGGAGCAGCGUAUAGAGGAGGCGCAGCAGGAGCGCAGGGAGCUGUUGAAGACCAUGCACCACCUGCAGGAGGAGAACCAGCAGCUGCAGGAGGAGCACAGGAGGCUGCACAGAGAGAGGGAGCAGGAGAGGGAGACCUGCAGCCUGCUACGCAUACACAACCAGGAGCUGCUGCGCUCCUCCCAGGGCCUGUCAGAGGAGAGGGAGGAGGUGAGGAGGAGGCUGCAGGAGGCCACAGACAGGGUCAGACAGCUGGAGGAGGACCUACUGGGAGUCACACAGAAAGGACUGCAGAAAGAGACCGAACUGGACUGUCUGAGAGACAGGUUGGAGAAGCUGACAGCAGAGAGAGACAGUCUGGAGACCCAACUGAAGAAUGAGAAGGACGAGAGGGACCUCUACAAGGCCCACCUGCGCAGCACAGAGCAGGAGAACACUAAGCUGAGUGCAGAGCUGCAGAUGCUGAAGGCUGUGGAGCUCAACAGAGAGGUGACCAUCGCUCAGUUCCAGGAAGAACUGGACAGGCUCCGAGCCUGUGUCACUCAGAAAGAUCGCCUGGAGAAAGACCUGCACACACACGCUGUCGACAAGGCUGAGAUGGGUCGUCUGAGGGAGAAGCUUCGCCAGGCCGAGGAGCAGCUCCAGGCGUCUCGCCAGCAGGCCGCCAUGUUGGCGUCGGAGCUCCGUGACUCAGCGAGUGCCCGCGACCGCACCAUGACCGAGCUGUACCGCGCCCGCCUGGAGGCCGACUCCCUCCGCGCCAGUCUGGCCGAUGCCCAGGCCGAGUGCCGGCGAAUGGAGACGCAGCUGGACCGCAUGAGGACCACCUCCCAACAGGAAGUGGGUGUGGGGACCACCAGUGAGGGGGUGUGUGUGGUAUCUGAGGCGGAGGCUGAGCUACAGAGAGAGGUGGAGGAGCUGAAGCUGCGUCUCCACAUGGCCGCUGAGCACUACAAGGAGAAGUACAGGGAGUGUCAGCGGCUCCGCAGGCAGGUGGCCAAGCUCAGCGAGGCCCAGGGGGUGAGUCUGUCUGAGUCAAAGAGAAACGCUGCUACUGAGACGACACAGGAGCCACUGACACCCAGUCCAGAGUCACCUACCGGGGAUGAGGGGAGGAGUGCGGAGGAGGUAGAGGGGGAUGAGGGGAGGAGUGCGGAGGAGGUAGAGGGGGAUGAGGGGAGGAGUGCGGAGGAGGUAGAGAAAGACCAGACUCGUUCGGUGGAGGAGGAGCUGGCGAGGAUGGAGGAGAAGUGGGCGGAGCAGUGUGCUAUCAACGAGACGCUUAAACAGAGACUGGCCAAUGAGGAGGAGCGAUUCAGGAUCCAGAUGGCAGAGAGGGCCAUGGAGGUGACAGAGCUGAAGGAGAGUCUGGCUCAGGCCCUCAGAGAGAAGGACCAACUCAAGGAGGAGCUGCAGCAGUGUCAGGACCGACAGAGGGAGCAGGAGGCUGAUGGUCAGGGGUCAGAGGUCAAACAGCCCGUGUUGUUGCGCUACCCCCUGCCCUACCCCCAGGACCCCUCCCCACCCCCCCUGGUACCCCAGAGACCUGCAGAGCUGCAGUAUGGGAACCCCUACUCCACCAACAACACACGAGAUGGGGCAGACGGUGCCCUGUCCCCUGAGCAGAUGCCCCGCCCCCCUCCCGAGGCCCCUGGUGCAUUCGCCCCUCCGUGCGCCCCUCCGGCCACCCCCCCAUCCCCUGGUGCAGGUGCAGGCUGGGAGAGAGAGGUGGUCUGCAUCCAGCCCUCCUCCUCACGAAGCAUGAGCCCCCCUGACGGACUGGAGCACCCCCCCGAGGAGCCACGCAACGUCGGUGAUGGGGAGCAGCCUGCCUGCAAUCAUCAGGCCAGCAGCAGACGCAACGACAACAGGGGCAGCUUCUGUUUCGACCCCAGUAGUGAGGUCCACAAGCGCUGUCCGUUGUGCGAGGUGAUCUUCCCGCCCCAUUUUGAGCAGCGUAGCUUUGAGCAGCAUGUGGAGAGCCACUGGAAGGUGUGUCCCGUGUGCUCUGAGCAGUUCCCCCUCGACUGCCAUCAGCAGCUCUUCGAGAAGCACGUGCUCACACACUUUGACGGCCAUGUGCUGAACUUCGACAACAUGGAGUAGCGGGGAGGUUGGGGGGGUGUGUGUGUGUGUGUGUGUGUAAAAGGGAAGGUUGGAUUGGAUUAAGGGAUGUAAAAAAUUAUAAAAAUUCUAGGAACGUGUGCUCAAAUCGGGGUUGGCGAUGAUUUCAUUUCAAUUUAACUCUGACUAGGAGGGGAGAUUACAAGUCAUCCACAUCAACAAUUGAAAAAUCAUUGGGAAAAUUGCUCUUUUAAGGAUCUGAAUUUAAAUGGAAUUAACUCCAAUCCUGGCCUCACAUGCUACCUUUCAAAAACAUCAAGGAGUGUGUAUGAUUGUGUAAGGGGGAGUUUGUCAUUUGCGGUUUAGGGAAAUAACAACAUAAAUACUUGGCGUGAGAAGGUCGGAGCCUUAGAUUCUACAGUUGGAGCACUUUGGUUUUGUCCCAUGUUGAUGUCAUCUUUCUGCUUCGAGGUUGUAGCGUCAUCAUCACUGCAUGUGUUUAGUAUCCGUAGGAUUCAUCCGCGCUAAUCAGCCAGACUUCGCUUUCUGUUCCUGUUCCCAGUCACUGUAGCCACACGUAGAAACAGGUGACAUCCAGGGAUUGGAGGGGGAGUAGGAUGAUGUUGCCUCUAAACAUUGAUCUAAGGUCAGUUUUGGGUUUUACCUCCUAAUGGUUAAGGUUGAGAUUGGUGUUGGGUAAUCUGAUCCUAGAUCUGUGGUUAGGGGAAACUAAUUAAUAGUAUGACAGUUGGACUCUUGUCAGCAAAAGACGGACGUUUUAAAAAAUAACAUGAAAUAGCACUAUUGUUUGAAUUUGACUGCACUAAAGGCUUUAUUAUUCUGAAUGUAUACUGUAUAAAUGAGAAGUAGAACUAUUAUGGAGAAAUGUGGCUGACUUGCUCGUGACCUCAAUGUAUUCACUCAUGUUUUAGUAAUGACAGAAUGAUGAUGGACCAAUGAUGUUUUACUUCCUGGUGUGCAAUUCCUGGUCUCUGUUCACUGGAUAGGGUAACAUUCUCCUAGACAUUCCGCUUCAGUUGAUUGGAGGGAAGGUAACUGGAAAUAUGGCUAUGGACUCUUUCACUUAUCUUUUCCUCCUUUGUUGGGGUCCAAGUCAGUUUCUCUUGGCUGUGCGUGCGUCUCCACAUUGAGUGUCCUUUAAUUCUUGUCAUCUGUCUGUGAGAUUUUACUGUUCUUUCAAUGUGACCACAGUGCUGUACUUUUGGCUUCAAAGUUGCACCUUUAUGAGAGUGAGUGUGUAGGUUUGUAUGUGUGCAUUAAAAAUAUCUUUAUGAAUAAAGUACGACUGUCAAAUGGA